AUGACUUCAGAAACAGCUGACGAGAGGUUCGACGACGACAAGAAGGGACCGUCUUCCAGCGAUGACUUCCCUCAUGAUGUCGACGAGACAGCUUCAUCCAUUCCGUUGCUCGACCCCCAUGCCGAGAAGCGUCUGCUGCUCAAGCUGGACACUUACUUCGUCCCCAUCAUCAUGCUUGUCUACCUGACUUGUUUCCUCGAUCGAAGCAGCAUUGGCAACGUCAAGGUUGCGGGCAUGCCCAAAGAUAUCGGCGCCAGCCCAAAACAAUUCUCGACAGCCGUUUCCAUCUUCUAUGCGACCUAUGUGGUGUUUGAGCCUCCAUGGGCCAUCUUGAUGAAAUGGGUCACUCCGCGCAUUUUGCUCACGGGUCUUUGCACUGUAUGGUCCCUGACGACUAUUUUCUCGGGCUUCAUCCACAACGUAUCUGGCCUGUAUGCGGUGCGACUCAUUCUCGGUGCCUGCGAGGCCGGACUCUUCCCUGCGCUGAACCUGUACCUCACAAUGGUGUACAAGCGCCACGAGCAAGGAAUAAGGGUGUCAUAUCUGUUUGUGUGCACGGCGAUUUCGGGUGCCUUUGGAGGAUUGCUUGCGUUUUGCAUUCUCAAGAUGGACGGCGUUGCGGGUUAUGCGGGCUGGAGAUGGGUGUAUAUCAUCGAAGGUAUCUUCAGCUUCAUUGUUGCGCCGAUUAUCUGGUUCGGAUUACCGAAUGAUCCCUCCAAUGCCUAUUUCCUCAACGAAGAAGAGAAGGCUAUGAUGAAGGUCCGUGAGGCACAGCGGGCGCAAUAUAUGGGCAGUGAGGAGUUUAGCUGGGAGGAGAUUCGUAUUAGUCUCAAGGACCCGAAGCUGUAUCUCAGCGCCGCCAUUCAGUUCUGUCAGGAUAUUCUCCUGUACGGCUUCAGCACAUUCCUACCUUCUAUCAUCGUCAGCAUGGGGUACUCUUCAAUCCAGGCCCAAUACCUCAGCAUUCCGGUAUUCUUGUUCGGCGGCUUGUGCUUCAUCGCCUUUGCAUAUAUCUCAGAUCGAACUUGUAUUCGAGGGCCAAUGCUCUUCCUCGCCAAUAUUCCGGGCAUCAUCGGCUACAUACUCAUCCUCUGCCCUACAAGCAACCCCGUCAAGUUCUUUGGCACGUUUCUCUGCGCCGUUGCUGUUUACAACGGCCCUGGAUUGAACCUGACAUGGCUCAACGUCAAUGUUGCGCCGCAUUACCGCCGUGCUACGUCAAUCGGAGUGCAGCAAGGUCUUGCAAACACGGCCGGCAUCGUUGCGGGACAGAUUUACCGGACGGCGCCGUUCGUCCUGGGAAAUAGCUUCUCUGUUGGUGCGUUGGGAGUUGCUCAACUGCUUAUCAUUACCAAGUGGUUCUACGUCCGAUACCGCAACAAUCAGAAGGAGAAGAUUGCCAGCGGACAGAUAGAAGACACACGAAAGGUUCAGACUGGCGACCGGGCUGUGGAUUUCAAGUAUCAUCUCUGA